AAACGACCAUAAUGUCAAGCAGCAGCAACAGCUCAAUCGUUGCUGUACAUUACAGAGUAGGCAAGAAAAUAGGUGAAGGUAGCUUCGGUGUUAUAUUCGAAGGCACAAACCUCCUGAAUUCGCAAACUGUCGCUAUUAAAUUUGAACCUCGCAAAUCAGACGCACCUCAACUACGCGAUGAAUACAGAUCAUACAAAAUACUAGCAAAUUCACCUGGUAUUCCACAAGUCUACUACUUUGGACAGGAAGGUCUCCAUAAUAUUCUCGUUAUCGACCUCCUCGGUCCAUCACUUGAAGAUUUAUUCGACAUGUGCGGUAGAAAAUUCAGCAUCAAAACUGUCGUUAUGACUGCAAAGCAAAUGAUCACUAGAGUACAGGCUAUUCAUGAGAGAAACCUUAUUUAUCGUGAUAUCAAACCAGACAAUUUCCUCAUCGGUCGUCCUAAUACCAAGAACGGCGCAACAGUUCAUGUUAUUGAUUUUGGUAUGGCAAAACAAUACAGAGAUCCAAAAACAAAGCAACAUAUACCAUAUAGAGAGAGAAAAUCCUUAUCUGGUACAGCUAGAUACAUGUCUAUCAACACUCACUUGGGUAGAGAACAAUCAAGACGUGAUGACUUGGAGUCAUUAGGACACGUCUUUAUGUACUUCCUUCGUGGUGGCCUCCCUUGGCAAGGUUUGAAGGCUGCUACCAACAAGCAGAAGUAUGAAAAGAUUGGUGAAAAGAAACAACUCACUCCAAUUAAAGAACUUUGCGAAGGUUUCCCUGAAGAAUUCGGUAUUUACCUUAACUACGUUAGAAAAUUGGGCUUCGAAGAAACUCCUGAUUACGAUUUCUUGAGAGAUUUAUUCACAAAAGUUUUGAAAAACUCCGGUCAAGUGGAAGAUGGCGUCUACGAUUGGAUGUUGAUCAACAACGGCAAAGGAUGGGAAGUCGGUAAUUCAUCAUCACAUCGCGAUCACCACCACAGACACCGUGAGAGAGAAAGAGAAAGAGCUGAUUAUAGAAGAUCACAAGCAGCAGCGGCAGCAGCAGCAGCAGGUGCUAACGGUCAAAGCGGCGCCAAUGGUGUUUUACCACCUUCACCAGCUUUGGUUAGACAUGGAUCAAAACGCGGUCGCACUAACAACGGUAAUCUCAACGCAUCUUCGCAAAUGUUGGCUCCUACUUCACCAACUAACGCACAAAGUCCACCUGCAAAUUCCCGUAGACAAUCACAGCAAAAUCAAUUAAAUACUGCCCACCCAUAUGCUUCAACUACAGGUGCGAUAAUGUCUCCUUCAGAUCUCGGUGAUAGAAAUGCCGCAACCCCUUCACCUGCUAGAGAUUUAAACAACCGUAAUAAAGGAUAUAUGAAUCAAGAUUCCAAUCAAGGUAUUUCAAACCAGAACGUCGAUCAAAAUGGUGAAAUUAACCAAUCAAAUAAUCAAGAUAGGCAAAAGAAUGGUGGUGCAAGUAAAAAGUUGGUCGAUUUCUUGACUUGUCGUUGUUUAUAAGAAGAGAAAUUAAAAUCAAAGAUACCAAAAAUUCAUCACGUUUAUAUUGAUAAGACAUUAAUAUCGUAUAUGGUUUAAAUACAAGUGAAAGUUUUACUCUCCUUUCUCACUUCAUUCUUCACUUCUCAUUGGUCUCAGAUAAUAUACCCUUCAGAAAUAACAUCGAAUUGAAUAGUUCAUGUGUCAUUCACUCAUUUUGUUUACAUUCUUUUAUAGUCAAGAUUAAUCAUAAUACAUAGU